GACCGCAGCGUGGCGGUGUGUGGCGGUAGCGACGGCGGGCCGUAGGGCAACCGGAAGGUUUCCGGUUCCGGUGUAACGUUCGGGCUCCGUCUCAGGGGCUGAAGUUUGUGAGGUGUAGUUUUUUUGUCCGAUUGGAGCUCUCAUUCUCCAUUUUCUCCGAAAUGGCGCUGUCUAAGCGGGAGCUGGAUGAGCUGAAGCCAUGGAUAGAGAAGACGGUGAAGAGAGUACUGGGCUUCUCAGAGCCCACGGUGGUCACUGCAGCCUUGAACUGUGUGGGGAAGGGCAUGGACAAAAAGAAGGCGGCUGAUCACCUGAAACCUUUUCUUGAUGAUUCCACUCUCCGAUUUGUGGAUAAGCUGUUUGAGGCUGUGGAGGAAGGACGAAGCUCAAGGCAUUCCAAGUCUAGCAGUGACAGAAGCAGAAAGCGAGAGUUAAAGGAGUUCCAGGAAGCGCUCGCCCCUGGCUGAGGAUAUGUCCUUGCAAAACACGAGCCCUCCUAGUGAAGAGGGGAUGUCACCCAAAGCCUACCACCGGAGGUGUUUGGUGAUGACUCUGAGAUCUCAAAGGAAUCAUCCGGGGUAAAGAAGCGGCGGAUACCCCGUUUUGAGGAGGUAGAAGAGGAGCCAGAGGUGAUCCCUGGACCUCCAUCAGAAAGCCCUGGCAUGCUAACGAAGCUCCAGAUCAAACAGAUGAUGGAGGCAGCAACACGACAAAUUGAGGAACGGAAAAAACAGCUGAGCUUCAUCAGCCCCCCUGCACCUCAGCCAAAGACACCUUCUUCUUCCCAACCAGAGCGACUUCCCAUCGGCAACACUAUUCAGCCCUCCCAGGCCGCUACCUUUAUGAACGAUGCCAUUGAGAAAGCGAGGAAAGCUGCCGAGCUGCAAGCCCGAAUCCAGGCCCAGCUGGCGUUGAAGCCAGGGCUUAUUGGCAAUGCCAACAUGGUGGGCCUAGCUAAUCUCCAUGCCAUGGGCAUAGCUCCACCGAAAGUAGAGUUGAAAGACCAGACUAAGCCUACCCCACUGAUCCUGGACGAGCAAGGCCGCACUGUGGAUGCCACGGGCAAGGAGGUGGAGCUCACACAUCGCAUGCCCACCCUGAAGGCAAACAUUCGGGCUGUGAAGCGGGAACAGUUCAAGCAGCAGCUAAAAGAAAAGCCAUCAGAAGACAUGGAGUCUAAUACCUUUUUUGAUCCCCGAGUCUCAAUUGCCCCUUCCCAGCGCCAAAGACGCACUUUUAAAUUCCAUGACAAGGGCAAAUUUGAGAAGAUUGCUCAACGAUUACGGACAAAGGCGCAACUGGAGAAGCUGCAAGCAGAGAUUUCACAGGCUGCUAGAAAAACAGGCAUUCAUACUUCAACUAGACUUGCCCUCAUUGCUCCCAAAAAGGAGCUAAAGGAAGGCGAUAUCCCGGAGAUUGAGUGGUGGGACUCGUACAUCAUACCCAACGGCUUUGACCUUACAGAGGAAAAUCCCAAGAGAGAAGACUAUUUUGGAAUCACAAAUCUUGUUGAACAUCCAGCCCAGCUUAAUCCUCCAGUUGACAAUGAUACACCAGUUACCCUUGGGGUAUAUCUUACGAAGAAGGAGCAGAAGAAACUUCGGAGGCAAACAAGAAGGGAAGCACAGAAAGAGCUACAAGAGAAAGUCAGGCUAGGCCUGACGCCUCCUCCAGAACCCAAAGUGAGAAUCUCAAAUUUAAUGCGAGUAUUAGGAACAGAAGCAGUUCAAGACCCUACAAAGGUAGAAGCCCAUGUCAGAGCUCAGAUGGCAAAGAGACAGAAAGCGCAUGAAGAGGCCAAUGCGGCCCGAAAACUUACAGCAGAACAGAGAAAGGUCAAGAAAAUUAAAAAGCUUAAAGAAGACAUUUCACAGGGGGUGCACAUAUCUGUGUAUAGAGUUCGAAAUUUGAGCAACCCAGCCAAGAAGUUCAAGAUUGAGGCCAAUGCUGGGCAGCUGUACCUGACAGGGGUGGUGGUGCUGCACAAAGAUGUCAACGUGGUGGUAGUGGAAGGGGGCCCCAAAGCCCAGAAGAAAUUUAAGCGUCUCAUGCUACAUCGGAUAAAGUGGGAUGAGCAGACAUCUAACACGAAGGGAGAUGAUGAUGAGGAAUCUGAUGAAGAAGCUGUGAAGAAAACUAACAAAUGUGUACUAGUAUGGGAGGGUACAGCCAAAGACCGGAGCUUUGGAGAAAUGAAGUUUAAACAGUGCCCUACAGAGAACAUGGCUCGUGAGCAUUUCAAAAAGCAUGGGGCUGAACACUACUGGGACCUUGCACUGAGUGAAUCUGUGUUGGAGUCCACCGACUGAGACUACUGCUAGCCCUUGUAUCUUCUUUGCCUUUGUUUCUUCUGUCUUCUCACUCUACUUCCCAACCUUAUCCCACCGUGUGUGUGAUCUCAGAACUGUGCCAGGCCGAUACCAGGACAAAAAGACUACCAAGUUCACCCAAUCAGCCUGGUGCUACCCUCCAUCCUGUAUGUGCAUAUGAUUAAAGAGUUAUUUUUAAAA